CCACAGCAGGGCCGACGGAUAGAGGGACCCAAUGGAAGAGCUGGUGGGGCUGCGUGAGGGCUCCUCGGGGAGCCCUGUGAGUCUUCGGGAGCUAUGGGGCCCGUGUCCCCGCGUCCGCCGAGGCAUUCGAGGUGGCCUGGAGUGGCUGAAGCAGAAGCUGUUCCGCGUGGGGGAGGACUGGUACUUCCUGAUGACCCUCGGGGUGCUCAUGGCCCUGAUCAGUUACACCAUGAACUUCGCUAUCGGGCGUGUGGUCCGAGCACACAAGUGGUUAUACCGGGAGAUUGGGGACAGCCACCUGCUCCGGUAUCUCUCCUGGACCGUGUACCCUGUGGCCCUGGUCUCCUUCUCCUCCGGCUUCUCCCAGAGCAUCACGCCCUUCUCUGGAGGUUCUGGAAUCCCAGAGCUGAAGACUAUCUUGUCAGGCGUGGUGUUGAAGGACUACCUGGAUAUCAAGAACUUCGGGGCCAAGGUGGCAGGCCUCACCUGCACCCUGGCCGCCGGCAGCACCGUCUUCCUGGGCAAAGUGGGCCCCUUCGUGCACCUGUCUGUGAUGAUCGCAGCCUACCUGGGCCGGGUGCACACCAAGGCCAUUGGGGAAUCUGAGAACAAGAGCAAGCAGAACGAGAUGCUGGUGGCGGCAGCAGCUGUGGGCGUGGCCACGGUGUUUGCAGCACCCUUCAGUGGCGUCCUGUUCAGCAUUGAGGUCAUGUCUUCCCACUUCUCUGUCUGGGAUUACUGGAGGGGUUUCUUCGCUGCCACAUGCGGAGCCUUCAUGUUCCGCCUCCUGGCGGUCUUCAACAGCGAGCAGGAGACCAUCACCUCCCUCUACAAGACCAGUUUCAGGGUGGAUGUCCCGUUCGACCUGCCGGAGAUCUUCUUUUUUGUGGCACUGGGGGCCAUCUGCGGCAUCCUGAGCUGCGCUUACCUCUUCUGUCAACGAACAUUCCUUGGUUUUGUCAAGACCAACCGGGUCAUCUCCAAACUGCUGGCCACCAGCAAGCCUCUGUAUUCCGCCCUGGCGGCCUUGGUUCUCGCCUCCAUCACCUACCCCCCUGGCGUGGGCCACUUCCUAGCUUCUCGGUUGUCCAUGAAGGAGCAUCUGGACUCACUGUUUGACAACCACUCGUGGGCAUUGAUGACCCGGAACUCGUCCCCUCCCUGGCCCGAGGAGCUCGACCCUCAGAACCUGUGGUUUGAAUGGUACCACCCGCGGUUCACCAUUUUUGGGACCCUCGCCUUCUUUCUGGUUAUGAAGUUCUGGAUGCUGAUUCUGGCUACCACCAUCCCCAUCCCUGCAGGGUACUUCAUGCCCAUAUUCAUCUUUGGAGCUGCCAUCGGGCGUCUCAUAGGGGAGGCCCUCGCUCUUGCCUUCCCCGAGGGCAUUGUGGCUGGAGGAGUCACCAACCCCAUCAUGCCUGGGGGGUAUGCCCUGGCAGGGGCUGCAGCCUUCUCAGGGGCCGUGACCCACACCAUCUCCACGGCGCUGCUGGCCUUCGAGCUGACUGGCCAGAUAGUGCACGCCCUGCCCGUGUUGAUGGCUGUUCUGGCAGCCAACGCCAUCGCCCAGAGCUGCCAGCCCUCCUUCUAUGACGGCACCAUCAUCGUCAAAAAGCUGCCAUACCUUCCAUGGAUCCGAGGCCGAAAAAUCAGCUCUCAGCGUGUGAUCGUGGGGCACUUCAUGAACUGUACUAUCACCACACUGGCCAAGGACACACCUCUGGAGGAAGUGGCCAGGGUCGUGACCUCCACAGACCUGGCCAAGUAUUUCCUGGUGGAGAGCACAGAGUCUCAGAUACUGGUGGGCACUGUGGGAAGGGCACACUUGGUGCAGGCACUCCAGGCUGAGCCACCUUCCUGGGCUCCAGGGCACCGGCAUCUCCGGGACCUCUUGGCUGGGGGCUGUCCCAUGGAGCCAGUGACCCUGCAGCUGUCUCCGGAGACCUCCCUUCACCAGGCACACAACCUCUUCGAGCUGUUGAACCUUCAGUCCCUCCCCGUGACGUCCCUGGGCAGAGCUGUGGGCUCCGUGUCUUGGGUGGAGUUGAAGAAAGCAAUUUCCAACCUGACAAACCCACCAGCCCCAAAGUGAACCAGCCUGGCAAGAUGAAACAAGUGAAGGAGACCCUGCCUCUCUUCCCCAUCACAACACACCCCUGCAGCCCAGCUCAACUCCUCGGUGAA